UCUUCCCAAUCUGAGAAGAAAUUAGGCACAUACUCUUCGGCAACUUCGUCUCUCUUCUGUUUAUAAACUUUUUUUUUGUUUGUUUAUCUCUGUUCCACGCGUUUCCAGACUGAUAUUUUUCCAUUUGGUUACCGACGACGGCCCGGAAAUUUUCCCCGAGAAGGCGUCGAGGACCUCAGCAUUAUCUACGAGCCAACUUUUCCAGCUAGAUCUACUGUGUAUUUUACUGCGAUUUCUUUCUAACUCGAUUUUUUCCAGCCAAUGCUGAAGGCUUAGGCUGAAAUGAGCCCCUCAAAAGGAUCGAGGACGAAACAUUCUCUUGUUCCUCUUGCAACCCUUAUCGGUAGGGAGCUGAGGAGCGAGAAAGUAGAGAAACCUCUGGUCAAGUAUGGUCAAGCUGCUCUCGCUAAGAAAGGAGAAGACUACUUUUUGAUCAAAACUGACUGUGAGAGGGUAACUGGUGAUCCAUCAUCCGCUUUUUCAGUAUUCGGGAUAUUUGAUGGCCACAAUGGUAAUUCAGCUGCCAUAUAUACUAAGGAACAUCUUCUCGACAAUGUGGUGAGUGCAAUUCCUCAAGGCGCAACCAGGGAAGAGUGGCUUCAAGCUCUUCCUAGGGCACUAGUUGCAGGCUUUGUGAAAACAGACAUCGAAUUUCAGCAGAAAGGGGAAACUUCUGGAACAACGGUUACAUUUGUUAUAAUUGAUGGUUGGACUAUCACUGUCGCUUCUGUUGGCGACUCGCGCUGCAUAUUAGACACCCAAGGUGGUGUGGUUUCUCUGCUGACCGUCGAUCACAGGCUAGAAGAGAAUGUUGAAGAAAGAGAACGCAUAACUGCCAGUGGAGGUGAGGUCGGAAGGCUCAAUGUUUUUGGUGGCAAUGAGGUCGGACCACUUCGAUGCUGGCCUGGUGGUUUGUGUCUUUCGAGGUCCAUUGGUGAUACCGAUGUGGGAGAAUUUAUUGUCCCAAUACCGCAUGUUAAGCAAGUGAAACUUUCAGAUGCUGGAGGGAGACUCAUUAUAGCUUCAGAUGGUAUAUGGGAUAUACUGUCUUCUGAUAUGGCUGCCAAAGCUUGUCGUGGUUUAUCUGCGGAGCUUGCUGCUAAACUUGUUGUUAAGGAAGCGUUGCGAACAAAAGGGUUGAAGGAUGAUACUACUUGUGUAGUUGUUGACAUUGUUCCAUCUGAUCAUCUUGCCUUGGCUCCAACGCCUAGAAAGAAGCAGAACACACUCACCUCAUUUCUUUCUAGGAAAAAACAGACGGAUACCAACAACAAAAACGGGAACAAGCUUUCUUCUGUUGGAGUUGUAGAAGAACUGUUUGAAGAAGGUUCUGCUGUACUUGCAGAUAGAUUGGGAAAGGAUCUUCCCUCAAAUACGGACACUGGGCUCCUAAAGUGUGCUGUAUGCCAAAUAGAUCAAUCUCCAGCUGAAGAUCUAUUAAGUGACGAGGGUCCUAUCAUCUCCUCAGCAUCUAAGCGAUGGGAAGGCCCCUUCCUAUGCACAAUAUGCAAGAAAAAGAAAGACGCCAUGGAAGGAAAAAGACCAAGCAAAGGAUCAGUGACCACUUAAAGCCUCACUAUUGUCUUGAAAUAAACCAUAAUUUUCUUAUCUUACCUUCUUCGGGUGUGCUGUGAGACGGCCUGGUUUUGUGUUAUUCCCCCAGGCAUUGAUUGGAGAAGUAGCAUUAAUAGUAAAAAUGUUUGCAAAUGUUUGUAGAGAGAGAGAGAGGGAGAGAGAGAAUAGAUCCAAUUCUUAUCCAUUGUUUAAGAUUUGCCUGGUUAGUAUUCUUGGCUUAUUCUGACAAGUGACCAUUUACCUUGCCAG